CAAUUUGAACUUUUUAGACUUUUAUUUUGAAAACUUUAGGCUUGGUAUUAUAACUUCCGGCUUUACGACGUUUUCGUAACUAAACGCGCCAAAUUAAUAACGCAGACAGUGAGAGCUAAAUGCAGGAAGAAAAAAAAUAAACAAUACAUAAUAUCGUUAAUCGUUUGUAUGUUUUUUUUAUGUAAGUCUAUGGAAGAAUCUCUUGUUAUCCGACAUUAUACCUCCACAGAGCUUUAAAACCGAAGAUCAUGGCCGUGCCUUUUGUUCAGGACUGGGAUCUGGUGCAGACUCUAGGAGAAGGCGCUUAUGGCGAGGUACGCCUGCUGGUCAACAGGAAGACAGAGGAGGCAGUGGCAGUGAAAGUCGUGGACAUGUCCACCGCUAAGGACUGCAUGGACAAUGUAAAGAAAGAGGUGUGCGUGCACAAGAUGCUGUCCCACCCUAACAUAGUGCGCUUUUAUGGGCACAGGAGUGAGGGAUCCAUCCACUACAUCUUCCUUGAGUAUUGCAGUGGUGGGGAGCUGUUUGAUCGAAUAGAGCCGGAUGUGGGAAUGCCAGAAAAGGAAGCUCACAGGCUUUUUCAGCAGCUUAUAGCUGGAGUGGAAUAUCUUCACAGUAUCGGAAUCACUCACAGAGACAUAAAGCCAGAAAACAUCCUGUUAGAUGACAAAGAUAAUCUGAAAAUCACAGAUUUUGGCCUGGCCACCAUGUUCCGGCACCGUGGCCGCGAGCGUAAGUUGGCACGUCUGUGCGGCACGCUGCCCUAUGUGGCUCCAGAGCUGAUGUCCCGCUCGGAGUUUAACGCCCAGCCUGCAGACGUUUGGGCCUGUGGCAUCGUUCUGACUGCCAUGCUGGCUGGAGAGCUACCAUGGGACCAACCGAGUGAGAGCUGUCAGGAGUAUUCAGACUGGCUGCAGAAGAAAACCUACCUUACUCCAUGGAAGAAAAUUGAUUCCAUGCCUCUUGGUCUGUUAACAAAGAUCCUGCUCCAUAGUCCUGAGGACCGGCUCACAAUUCCUGAGAUCAAAAAGCACCGAUGGUUCAGCAGGAGCUUCAAAUCAGUGGGAAAACGCCAGCCUGAUAUCCAAGGGCCGCUAACCAAGAUGCUGCGGUCUGACUCGGAGAGAUUAAAACUAGCACAAACUAACAGUGACGAGCGGGUGCAGAUCUCCAGCUCACAGCCGGAGCCACAGGGCUUGUGGGAGGUCAGAGAGGAUGUGGUACACACUGAGGGAGCUCAGGUCAGCUUCUCCCAGCCUGCCUGCCCUGAUCACAUGCUGUUAGGAAGCCAGCUGCUUGGCACACCGGGUGCUAGCCAGAACCCAUGGCAGAGGUUAGUGAGGAGGAUGACCAGAUUCUUCACAACCCUGAAGGCAGAGGCGUCCUGCGUGGCCCUGCGUGACACCUGUAUUAAUCUGGGCUACACGUGGAAACAGAGCUGCACCAACCAGGCGACAGUGUCCACGCUGGAUCGCCGUAACAACAAGCUGAUCUUCAAAAUUCACUUCCUGGAAAUGGAGGAACGUAUUCUUGUUGAUUUCAGACUAUCAAGGGGUGAUGGCCUGGAGUUCAAAAAAAUAUUUUUGAAUCUUAAACAAAAGCUGUCGGACAUCAUAAGUAACCAAAGAGUCCCUGUAGUUUUCACAUGAUGAAGGAAAUCUCCUUGGUUCAGAAUCUACAUUAAAUCAGUAUGUUACAUGUUUUGUUCUUACAUGGGUUUGUAGUGUUUCAGAUUGUUGAAUGAAUAAGGAUGAGAAAACUGUGUAUAAGACUGAAAAGGCUAUUUUGAGUUUGUCUUCCUUCCUUCCUUUCUUCCGUCCUUCGUUCCUUCCUUUCUUCCUUCCUUCCUUCCUUCCUUUUACUGUGAAGUUUUUAAGACAGCCAUGUUUCAUGCUGACUUGUUUUAAAGUUUUAUCCUCAAAUCUAAGAAUAAAUAUUUCUAAAACCAAAAUAA